CAGCGGCGGCUGCAUAUUCGCAUAAAUGCAUGCAGAAUGAUCUGAACUCGAUCACUGGUCAUUUCAAAGCACUACCUUCAAGCACUACGCUGUUUGCGCAUGAAUGCCCUGAUGCAAGGGCUCGGCUGCCUCGGUUGCCUCGACGGCUCCAGCGACGGCGACGCGUGCGAGGCGCCCGCGCCCCAGCCGCUGGCAGCACCAGCACGCGUCGUCGAGACGGAGCUGCGCGCCAGGGACGACGGCACGCGCAACUACCGCCUCGAGCGGCGCGCCGUCGCGUGGGCGUGCGAGGACGCCGUGCGGCGCUGCGCGAACGCUGCCGUCGACGCGGCGCUCGACGAAUCGCUGCGCGACGCCCUCGACGCGCGGCUCGGGCUCAAGGACGAGAUGGCGGCCUGCGGCCUCGCCGAGGGCGAGCUGCCCCUCGCGUUCGGGUCGUCGCGCCGGCCGCGGCGCCAGCCCAAGAAGAAGAAGCGCAAGAAGGCGCCGGGCCCGUCGCGCCUCGCCGACGCGCCGAACCCGCAGCGCGGCGUCGACGACAAGUACUGGGCCCAGCGCUUCCACUACUUCUCGCUCUACGACUGCGGCAUUCAGUUGGAUGCCGAGAGCUGGUACUCGGUCACGCCCGAGAAGAUCGCGCUGGCCAUCGCGGCGCGGUGCCGGCCGACGGACGUGGUGGUGGACGCGUUCUGCGGCUGCGGCGGCAACGCCAUCGCGCUCGCGCGGCGCUGCCGCCACGUGAUCGCCAUCGACAUCGACGCGGCGAAGGUCGAGAAGGCGCGGCGCAACGCGCGCAUCUACGGCGUGGCCGUGGACUUCGUGGUCGGCGACGCUUUGGUACUGUUGAAGACGCUCCGGGCGGACGUGUGCUUCCUGAGCCCGCCGUGGGGCGGGCCCGGCUACGGCGAAGACUUCCGGCUCGAGGCGAUCGACGUCCAGGGCGUCGAUGGGUUUGGAUUACUGCGGCUGGCGGCGGCGUGCGCCCCGCGCGUGGCCUACUACCUGCCGCGGACGCUGUCCGUGAAGGAGGCGGCGCGCCUCGCGCCCAUCGUCGAGGUCGAGAGCCAGUACCUCAAUGACAAGCUCAAGGCGAAGACGGUGUACAUCGGCUUCGAGGAGGCGGUGCCCGUGGUCGCGUCCCUCGACGGGGUCGCCGACGCUCUAUCAACGAUCGGCUGCGCCCAGCUCCUCGUGGACGACGACCUGCGCGCACACAACGCCGCGGCAUCAGAGCUGUGGCACGCGUUCUUUGCCGCGGACGAGGCGCACCGCCGCCAAUUCGCGCUGGCCGAUGGCGCGGACAGCGGCGGCUACCACUCUUCUGGAAUGCUCGGCCGCUACAACGCGCACCGGUCGGGCGUCAUCUACGAACAUGAUGAGGCGGUGCCUCAGCUCGUUGAGGGCGUGGCCUUCGUCGAGCGCGUCGAGGCCUGGCGCGGGGCCGUGACGGCGCUCGCGCGCGACGUGCUCGGGGCCGUCGCCGCGCGGCGCGGAGCGCCGGCCGAUAUGUUCGCGGCGGGCGGCGCCUUCGACGCGCGCGCGGCGGGGCGGUUUCAUGUCAAGAGGACGCACGCCGGCGCCGCGCGCGUGCUGCUGCCGGCGCACCGCGACCCGAGCACGCUGAGCCUUAUUGUGCACUUCUCGGCGCCGCCGACGGGCCUCGAGGUGCGGACGCCGCGCGGCUGGGCGCGCUGCGCGCGCACGGGGCCCGGCGUCGUCACGGUCCUCGCGGGCUCCGUCCUCGCGGCGGCGCUGCCCGGGGUCCCGGCCUGCGUGGAAUCAAAAUUUCACAGCGCCUACUCGAUGGCGUGGCGGCGCCGAUACCUCGCCGCUCGCACUGAUUGGUUUCCACACAGAUCCCGGCGCCGACGCACCGCGUCGUCGCGGACUGGGAAGAGGACGACCGGAGCCCCCGCCUCGCGGCGACGUUCUUCUGCGAGCCCCGGCCGGACGCGCGCAUGGCCGACGUCGCCGGCGACACGUCCGACGCGCCGACGUACGCGACCUGGCGCGCGCGCAGCUACAAGAAGUACCUCAAGAAGCCCUAAUGAUGUGUCUGUUAAAACUUGGAUAAUGUCGAA